AUUUUAUUAAGAUGGAAGGGAACAAGAAAUUUAUGCAAAUUCAGCACCAGAUUAGACAGAACAGUGAGUCUGUACAGGAUUACGUUUCUGAUCUGAGUAAAUGGACUUCCGAAAUCGAUGAGAAAGAUAAGGAUGUUAAGCAAGGAAAAAGAGUAAAACCCACUACCAAAAAAUUGCCUCCAAUCCGAAGUAACAAACUCGAACAACAGAGACUCCAAAUCAACAAGUCCGCUAGCUACCUCGACACGCUUCCUACACCUCAAAACCCCUCUCAGGAAAGAGCCUAGCACUGCCAGUACGGCCAAGGACUCCACUGCACAUGAC